AUGUUGUGGCCGCUAGUUUAUUAUCUAUUCGGAAUCUUUGGCUUUAUUCUUUUGUACGAAUAUUAUCAAAGAAAUAUUGCGAAACAAAAAGCUCUGCUAGAUUUUCUUCGCAGUCUUGAUACGUUUCCUCAAGGCCCGUUAGCCAUAUCUAAUAAAAAACCAUUCGAAAAAAUCAAACAGGAGAUCGCAUCGUACUUUUAUUUUCAACGUCUUCAUGUUAUCUUUGGUGUUGAUUUCUCAGCUAGCAAUGAAUGGCAGGGAUUGAAAACUUUCAAUGGACAAUCGUUACAUACGACACAACCGAAAAACAUCAAUCCAUACCAGAAGGCGAUCAGUCAACUCGGCUUGAUCUUUGAAGAAAUUUUCCCGUGUAAAAUCAAAUAUUCGAGUUUUGGAUUCGGCGAUGAAAAUACAAAAGAUUAUUCGUUUUUUCCAGUUGUUGCCUCUGGAGAAGAAUUCGAUAGUCAUCAAAAGAUUCUCGAUGCCUAUUUAAAACAAACAGAACAUGUCAAUCUCAGUGGUCCUACCGAGUACACACCGAUAAUUCAGAAACUCAUCUCGCAAGGCACUCUUUCUCCCCGAGACUUCACAAUGCUGGUUAUAAUCACAGAUGAAUUGAAAGUUUCCUCUGAAAAUAAAACGUUAGUCAAAUCUCUUCGCACACUCGCAAAUUUGCCCAAUGUUUGUUUGCUCGUUAUUGGCGUCGGCGACGGGCCCUGGGGAAAACUUUCCUAUGAAGAACAUCACAUACGUGAAGAAGUCUUUGCAAGAAUUGACAAAAAGAAAAUGCCCAAAGAAUCAGCUCAAUCGAAAAUCUUUUAUGAUAACUUCCACUUUGUAAGUCAUAAUAAUUUUCUUGUCAAACAGGACAAGUUGGAUACAGAAAAUUAUUUUGGUCGAGCUGUUCUACGAAAGUUGCCAACGCAAUUAAAACAAGCGUAUCGCCACGACGAACACCGAACGAAACCACAAGAUUGA